AACUCAUGAACUGAGAGGUCAUGACCUGAGCGGAAACCAAGAGUUGGACGCUCACCGGACUGAGCCACCCAGGUGCCCCCCAAGUUUUGGGCUUUCAGUAGUAUAUUACAACUCAGCUAACAGGGAACAUACUUUUAGUGUGUUUUAAAAUGAAGUGAAAACCAAAAAGGAUAGUUAAUUACGGAAGGCAAUUUAAGCUUUAAAGCCUGUACUCUGAGAACACAGUCUGUCAUACAAUAAUCUGAUACGGAAACAGAACAAAUAUUCAUUCGGUUCAUGCAUCCAUCAAAUAUUUGAGGACCUUCUCAGUACCAGAUACUGUGCUCUGACACUUUGAGCUUCUUUUCCGCUCACCUUCCUCGUCUCCUUCCCCAUCCCCCCGCACCUCUGCCCCUGCAGUGUGAAAUGAUUAGAAUCCAGCAGAAAGUGACCCAGUAUGGGCAUGGACAGUGACUGUACCAGCUUUGAGGAAACCUUAUGAACAAUAAUUGAGAAUGGCUUUGAUCCCAACUGUGCUAGCUGUAAAGUGGAGGUUUUCUGAUUUCUGGAAGGUACGGGGAGAGCACCCCUUCAUUAAGUUUGUCUGCCGGGUAGGAGAGUGAGUAGGGUUUUAGUUCAGUUGAAUAAUUUUUCCUGGAUAAGAUUUGCUGGGUGCCUCUCUGAGAUGUUUUCUUUAAGCCCAAAUCUACAUUCUUUGAAUUAUAAUUAUUUAAAAAAUAAUAACCAUGAAUUUUUGUGAAAUCACGGAGUCAAAAUGUGAAAACUCUGUGCAGUGGGUAACCCAGAUGGUCACAAAACGUGUUUUCCUGCAGCUUUGCCCUCUCUAGCAUUAGCAACUUUUGGUCGCUAAAAGUGUCUAAUUUACUGACUCUGAAUAGAAGGAGUUUCAUUUGGGGGGAGGGAUUUAAUGAACCCCUGAGCAAAACUGCUUGCUUAAACUCUCAGGGAGUCUCUGAAGCUUCUGAGUAGGGAUAGCUCCGGUUAGUGACACGGGCCAGUUAUGUCUCGUGCCUGUCCUCUUGCCUCUGAGUACCACCCCCCCCCCCAAUCCAUUCUCAGUAUUAUCAGGAUUUUAGGACUAUUUCCCUAUGAAACAUUUGAUAACGAUUUUCAUCACAAUCUAAAAAUUUAAAAUAGUUAAGAUGACAAGUGCAGAGUAUGGGCAGCCAUUCUAAAUUGGCCAAAGGGUUUACUGCCUCAGUUCUUUAUCCUGAGGUCCCCACCCCUCACCCCAACAGCGUUCACUAGCUUUCUUUUUGUUUUUGUUGUUGUUUUUUCUGCCUGAGGUCCAUACGUGCCCAUUCCUGACUUCGUAAUAUCGCAUGCCUUCAGAAGUGUUGCUGAAGAUCUUUUCCAACUUGGAUGCUGUGACCCUGCUGUGUACGGGAUGUGUGAAUAGGCGCUUUUACCAUCUGGCCAAUGACAAUUUUCUUUGGAUCAGGAUCUAUUCAGCGGCCUUUUCACCUAAAAGAUCUAAUUGGAAAGUUAAUUCAGUGGAGAAGACCGCUGGAUCUGUGAACGUGCUGUCGGUUAAGGAUAAAGAAGCUGGGUACUGGAAGAAAGAGUAUAUUGCAAAGCAGAGAGCACGUGUGAGAGCGGCGCUCGCCCAGGUGCUCAAGCCUGUGAACCCUUACACGGGCCUGCCGGUGAAGACCAAGGAGGCCGUCAGAAUAUCUGGUUUAGGUUGGGUAAUUAUACUGAAAGAAAAAAAUGGAAAAGAAUACAUCAUGGAGCACAUUGACCUUUCCAUAAAUGACUCAUCAGUGACGAUUAUGUGGUAUGGCAAAACUUGGCCACGGCUGGCCACAUUGUCAACCCUAGAUUUGUGUGGUGUGACGCCAGUUUUUAUGGACCAGUCUAAAACCCCCUCCAAAAAUGGACCUCGGUGGCAUUCUUUAAUUGCAAAGUACAAUCUGAGUAACUUAACCGAAUCCACCAUGAUUGGCGGGGACAGACUCCUUCGGAUCUUCUGCCUCUGCCCAGGCCUGCUGGUGGGGCUGUGGAAGAGGGAGGAAGAACUGGCUUUUGUUAUGGCAAAUCUUCAUUUCCAUCAGCUUGUGGAGAAGAGCACGUUAGGCUCCGCCACCGUCCCCUACGAGCUACCUCCUCAUACCCCCCUUUUGGAUGACAACCCAGAGUAUGGACUGCAUGGCUACCAACUCCAUAUUGAUAUGCACAGCGGUGGAAUUUUCUACCUGUGUGGUACAUUUCGCAAUCUCUUUACCAAGAAAGGGUACAUUGAAGAUGGCUAUGUGAAGAUUGUUGUUAUAAGUUUUAAAAAUAACACAGAACACCUACCUCUUAUUGGAAAAGUUGGCCUCUCUUGGAGAACUGAUAUUUUUGAUGGCUGUAUAAAGAGUUGUUCUAUAAUGGACAUAACUCUUUUGGAUGAAUAUGGGAAACCGUUUUGGUGUUUCAGUUCUCCGGUUUGCAUGAGGGCUUUGGGGCCCUCUGACGGUCCCAGCUUCUUGGGACAGACUUCCUGUGUUGACUAUGUGGACUCGGAAGGAAAAGUGCACGUGGAGCUGGUGUGGAUCAAGGAGACCGAAGAGUACUUCAUCGUCAGCCUGGUCCUGUACCUGAGGAUAGCGAAAAUAAACCGCUGGUUUGGGACGGCAUACUGAGUGCUGGCAGCGGGUGGCAGAUCAGUGUCGCUGUUUGUUUACCUUGGACUCAUCGUUCUGUUCUUGGUGUUGGGAGUUAAAAUAAAGUAGUAGUCUGUCUGGUGCCUUUUUCUUUCA